GCAGUCGCUAUGUGGAUUUUAGCAUUACAAAUUGUUUUGGUUAGCCUGAUAAAUGGAAUUUGCCUGGGUGAACAACCAUAUACAGUACAAAAUGAGGCGUUGGAGCCAUUCAAGGGCAUCCAGGAAACAUGUGUUGACAUGUCAAAUUUAAAAACCGUUGGACGACAACGAUUUGUCAAUGGAACAGUUAAGUUUUUGGAGGAAAUGGAUAGUGAGAGCUUCAAAUUUCAAGUCGAAUUAUUCUCGAGCCCUAACAGUGAUGGUCAAUACAAACGUUUACCCAUGGGUGUGCCAAUUACAAGAAUUUGCGAUGGAUUUAAAGAUUUGUACACAAAAAUCAUCCAACCUUCCCUUAUACAAGGUGAAAAUACAGAUUUCCCUCAUGUACCCGACGAAGGUUUGUGCCCACUACCGAUCGGUGAGUUUUAUAUAAAAACUUUGGAGUUCAAUACAGACACCUGGCCGAAUCAGAUUCCACGUGGAACGUUAAAAGCCGUUUUAACAUUCUUCAAAAAUGAGGUCAGUGUUGGCGGAACGGUAAUGAAGAUGAAAAUCGAAGACCGGCAGUAAAUAAAUGUUAACGUAUUUAAAAAACUAAAGAAAAUAAUUUAAAGAGCUGGCAGCAGAGGAAAAUUAUACAACUGUAUAUGUACAUUCAUGCAUACAUACUUCAAUAGAUAACCAUCAAGGUGAAGAGUAAAUUAGUUAUUUAGACACAUAUGUGUGUCUGUAGGUACAUUUUAUGUAGAACAUUUUUUUAUGGAAACAUGUGACUUUAUAAUAUUUCUUAAAAUAAAAGUUACCCGAUCUUGGCUUAUCCUCAAUCACUGAGGCGAUCAUUGAAAAAUGAGAUGGGUUAAAAAUGAAAAAUUCAC